AUGAAGACGCACGCUUUCAGGUUCGACAGGGUUUUCCAACCGAGCGCGACGCAGUCGGACGUGUUUGAAGAGGUGGCGCAUCUGACGCAGAGCGUGCUGGAUGGUUACAAUACCUGCAUCUUUGCCUAUGGUCAGACUGGAUCUGGCAAGACCCAUUCGCUCGAAGGAAGCGCCAAUCUGCACUUGGGCGCCGCCGCUGUUCCAACGCAGGAUCCCGAGGCUGGUCUGAUUCCCAGAGCCGUGCAGAUGCUGUGGUCCACUGCCGAGCAUCUGCGCGCCAAGGGAUGGCGGUACGAGUUCGAAGGCCAGAUGCUCGAGAUUGUGAGUGCGGGCGCGCGCGCGCGCGCGCCAGGGGCGUGGCUGGCAGGCAGGCAGACGCGGUCGGGUGUGUUGACGCAAAGUCAUACAAUGCGACCGCUUCGUCUGUGAUUCACUUUUCUCCCGCAGUACAAUGACGAGAUCAACGAUCUCUUGGGCAAGCACGAAUUGUCGGGCAGCAGCAGCGGCGGCAGUCGGAACGAAAUGAAGCACGAGAUCAAGCAUGAAAAGAUGCGCACGUUCGUGUCCGACACUAUCGUCGUUCCUUUAGAGUCGCCGAGUCAAGUCUUUAGUCUAUUGGCCAAAGCCAAAAGUCGAAGGCAGACGGCAGCUACGCUGAUGAAUGAACGAUCCUCUCGAUCUCACUGCGUCUUCAUCUUGCGCGUAAAGGGCGCGAAUGCGCUCACGGGCGAGAGCUGCGAUGCUACUCUAUCCCUCGUCGACCUGGCGGGUUCGGAAAGGGUCAAUGCGAGCGGGUCGGACAAGGAUCCGGUACGCUUCACGGAGACGAAGAGCAUCAACAAGUCGCUGUCCAGCUUGAACGAUGGUGAGUAGCGCUGUGUGCCUCAUAGCUCUCGCUGUAUGCAAGCCGGGCCCUUUACUACCAUAUAGUCAUGGCCCAUGUGCUGACGAUUUCUUUUUUUUUGGCUUUGGAUGGGGGCUAUUCGCAAAAAGUCAUCACGGCGCUUGGGAAUGCAAAGACGGGCGGACACGUACCCUAUCGCAACUCUACGCUCACUUGGUUGCUCAAGAAUUCCCUCGGAGGCAAUUCCAAAACGCUCAUGCUGCUCGCCAUCAGCCCCAUGGCAGAGCACCUCAACGAGACGAUCAACUCGCUCAGGUUCGCUUCAAAGGUGAACUCUACCGUCAUUGGAACGGCUAGGCGUGUGCGGGCUAGCGAGUAG